AUGGGCGUAGAUAAGAAAUUAGACUACGUUGACGCGCCACAAAGUUAUGAAGCAGAUUCUGAAACCUUCGCAAGACACAAUAUUCUCUGCGAGAAGAAAGGACUCUGGACUCUGCCAGCUGAUUAUCCACAGACAAUUCUUGAGUGCUUCCAGCGAGGAAGAGAGACCGCCAAUUACACGACCCGUACUUAUGGCGAGUUCGCUGCAACAUCUCAAUACCUGGCGAAUUCACUGAAAAAGCACGGACUUAUCAGUGGAGAAAGCAAAAUUGCGAUCUACUCGUCGAAUUGCUACGAAUACGACGCAGUAAUCAUUGGAGGAUACUAUCAAAAUAUAUGCAAUGUUUCGCUUUACGAUACUUUUGGUGAACAAGCAGUCAAAUACAUUCUCGAGCACAUUGAAGCUCCAAUCUGCUUCGUUCAAAAUCAAAAGAAACUUGACCUCAUUCUCAAAAUCAAGCCUGCUCAUCUUCAAACAAUCGUUGUGUUUCGAAAAUUCAAGAAGGUCAAGUCCUCCAAUUAUAAAAUCAUAAGUUUCGACGAUUUUAUUGCAAUCGGAAAAGACAGCUCGUUUGAUAAUGUUCCGCCGACUUCUUCAGACAUUGCUACGAUCAAUUACACAUCCGACACGACUGGCGAUCCGAAAGGCGUCGUCUUGACUCACAAGAACAUCUGCACCGUCUGCUGUGGCAUUACAAUCUUCUCGGUUAAAGAGCCUUGGAAAACAAGCGACGUCUGGUUCAGCUAUUUGCCGAUGGCUAAUAUUUUUUUAAACUUGUUGACGUGCCCGACAUGGAUUAUUAUGCGCGCGAAGGAAAAGGAGAAAUCUGCUUCCGUGGCGACAACGUCAUGCAAAUUUUUCGACGCUAACUAUCAGGGAGAACCUCUUGGUCCCGUUCAUGCGAGAGCGAACGCUGGUGUGACUCCCGCUUCAAAUUCGCUGCAGUUUCUACAACAGCAAAGAAAGCACCCGCUCGAGCUGGAGCUCCCGCUGCUCGGGUCCUCGAAGCCCCAAGAACUCCUGCAUCGGAAAGACAAAGGAAAAAGAAGAACGCACGGCCUCUGCUUUUCUACCGUAUCAAGGAUGUCCCAAGCUCUAAAGGAUAAUUCAACUCAAGAUUUAACUAAACUAUAUUCACUGUCAUUUCUUUCGUGCAUCUGUGCUCGGUCAAAUAAAUCACUUUCCUAG